CAUGACGAUGAACAAUCCAAAAUCCUAAAAAACUAAUGCCUAAAACAAUCCACACGCGUGGAUCCGGCGACCCUCCUCACCACCAACAACCGAGGUCGUCAGCGAAGGGGAGCCGCCGGAGGACGGCGGCGGAGGAAGACGCCCUGGCAGCGGCAGGAGGCGAGAUCGCCUUUCUUAAGAAAGAAAGCCGCUCUAUCCGGCUCGCUAACGCGCCCGUGGUAGAAUACCUAUCGACGGUUCGACACGAACCGGCGGAGCAAACCCUCGGUCGCACCGCACCGCCGAGCGCAAAACCCCGGCCUGCCCGCGUCAGUCACCUCACCCCACCUCCCAUGGCGGAAGGGGAGGAGCACGGGCAGCGCGCCUGGGCGCAGGCGGACACGAGCGCCAUGAGGCGAGCCCUCCUAACCCUAAUCCACCGCUACUACCUCGACGCGCUCUCGCGGCUGCCCGCCGCCGACCUCCGGGCCGCCCUCGCGCGCGGCCUCCUCGCCGCCGGCCACUGCUACGGGCCCCUCCACCCCGUCCACAACAUCCUCCUCAACGCCAUCUGGUACGCCGCCGCCUCCCCCCUUCGCGCCGCCGUCGACGUGAUCGGCGGCGACGUCCUCGCCCGCGCCUGCCGCCGCUCCCUCGACGGGCUGCUGGACUGCCUCCGCCGCCUCUGCCCGUCCCUCUCCGCCGGCGACGCGCUGUGGCACCUGCUGUGCGCCGACGCCGACCUCUCCGUCGCCGUCGCCCAGGCGAACCGGACCAGCAGGUCCAGCGCACGGGCCGCGAUGCGGGCUCAGGCCCUUGGCGCCUUUCAGGCGGCCGCCGAGGCAGCGCGGCACCCCGACCCUGCGGCCCUUGGGCUGUUCAUGGCCUCCGUGUUGCCUGCCGUCGACCACGACAUCGCCUCCUUACUGCGUGUUAAGCACACGCUUUCACCUAUGGACAUCAAGCAUCUCUCCCGUGCACUCGUACCUCCCCUCCUGGUCCCGGCGCCUGUAAUGCUCAGCCCACGGCACAUAGACAGCGCAGAAGAGGCAGUGCUUGAGGUUGUGGCAGCGGCUUUGCGUUGGCACACUCUCGAAUCGGGGCAGCACUUUGUUCUGCACUCUGUUUGUGGUGUGAAUCGCCUAUGUAAAGAGGGAUUAGACAACUGUUUUCACAUCAAUUUCUUGGCCUGUCGUAAGAUCUCUGUUUCUGGUUCUGUUGUAUCAGGCGCACCAAUGCUGUUCUUCACCGAAGCAGUUGCCCCAACCUCAGCCUGCGAUGAAAGCAACGUCCAAUUGUGUGUGCCGGUUGAUCCAUUGACCGAGAUUGGUAGUUGCCGUGCUUGUAGGAUGAACAACAAAACGAUUGUGCACCCGACUUGUCAUGAAUAUCUUGGUGGCCGGGACUUUCAACUGGAUGAAGUCGAGUGUUUAUCUGGUGCUGAAAGUGACAGUGAGGCAGGUUGGCGCCCUAUGGCAGAGGAGGCAGUAUUGCCUGCCAUGGCCUCCAUUUCCUCCAGGGACGAGGAGGUGUCUGCAGCGCAUGGGAAGAGACCGGAUUCUCGCACACUGCGACGGAGGAUGCUUGGCCUGAUACGCUGCUACUACCUCGAGGCCAUCUCCCGUCUGCCCACCGAAGAUCUCUGGACCACCCUCUCGCGUGGCCUCCUCAUCGCCGGUCACUGCUACGGCCCUCUACACCCUGUCCACAACAUCAUCGUCAAUUCCGUCUGGUACUCUGCUGCUUUUCCCAUUCGCUCCAGUGACCGGAUCGAUACCGCCUUCAUCAGCAACUGUACCAUACGCCGUGUAGUUCAGUGUUCGCUUGAUGGAUUGGUUGCUUCACUUCACCAUCUCUGUCCUGGCCUCUCCGAUGAUGAUGCCCUUUGGCACCUCAGUCUCUCCCGCGCCGACCUCCGUGCCGCUGUUGCCUCCGCACGCGGUGCUGCCCUGUCGUCGUUCCGUCUGACGGCAUCGGAGCUGGAAGCCGCCUUUCAAGCGGCUGACAAGGCAGCGCGGCAUCUGAAACCUGCGGCCCUUGCGCUCUUCACUUCUUCCGUUGUGCUUUCUGUGGAACGUGAUGCUGUCUCGCUGCUCAACAGCAAACACAGGCUUUCCUCAGCUGACAUUCUGCGCCUCUCCACCAUGUUGCUGCCUUCCCCACUACCAGAUGAGCUGCCACACCCUCCUCUUGAAGAGCGGUUCACGGCGGCCUUUAAACUCAUCACUAGAAGGAGGAACCUUCUCAUAAGAUGGUACAAACGAUGGGUGGAAUUAGCGGAUGCAGCGUUGCGCAAGUAUGCUCAGCAAACUGCGGCACAUUAUCAGCUUCAUGUCAUCUAUGGCAUUGGUUCCGUGCACAAUGAGUUCAAUAUGGAUGAUUCUUUCCAUACUAGUUUUAUGGCGUGGCCGAAGGAUCCUUCCUGUGCUAGAGAAGCUCCUGUGUUUUUCUUUGCUGAAGCACUUCCGUCUGGCUCCGACUUUUGUGAAGAGGACAUCACCUUGUGCUGUACAGUACAGCCAUCACCAAGUGAAGUUGAGACAUUGGUUUGGUGGAGUACCUGGAUCAAGAGUUAACCAGUUACAUAUCCUCUCGGCCCUCCAGACGCAUUCGUCGUUUUUACAGACAAAACAUCGAUCAAGCUAUCUAGGACUACUGCAGCGGAAUUAUGUGAUCUGUUAUGUGAAUGGUGCUGUUCUUGGCCUGCACCGUCGUCAUGUAUACAUGUUGUCAAACUGAGAGACGCUGAGAAUGCGUCGUUUGCCGGUUCGUGUCAUUUUUUUCUUGAAACGUGAAUGGUGCUGCUACUAAUAGAUGUAGAACAAUCAGGUGUAGUACUUUAGGUAGCACCCAGUUCCGCUUUUCCGUCAUGUUCAAGCUCGCCCAGGCACUUGAGCAAACGUGGUGCCAUAGCAAAUCCCUCCCGGGGUCACCCCUUUCUGCCUCCUAAGUCCUAACCUAUGGUUUAGUACUUGUUCUUAGGUUGGAAAGGAUGGUAGCUUGUUCUGAGGAUUGGGUAGUGGCAUGCAUUUGUGCAGCAGCCCACACAGAUGCUCCCUCCGUUCACAAAUAUAGGAUGCUCUAACUUCUUUGUGAAUCGGAUGUAU